AUGGAUUCCCCAAACACCGCGCUCGAGAACAUCGAUCUUUCGAAGCUCACACCAAAGGACAGACAAGAGCUACAACAAUUCAUCGUGAACGAGAGCCAGAAGGCGAGGAUACAGCAAUCCGUUCACAACCUCACGGACAUCUGCUGGAAGAAAUGCGUCACUGGAAGUAUCCGAAGCAACAAGCUGGAGAAGGGCGAGGAGAGCUGCGCGCAGAACUGUGUGGAUAGGUUCUUGGAUGCGAAUUUUGCAGUCAUUAAGCAUCUCGAUAACAUGAGGACUCAGGGAUGA